AAAGAAAAAGCUAUAUUCAGGUUCAUGGACGUGGAACAAUGUGCCUAACUGCUUUUUAAACCUCGAUAUUUUUUUCUGGGUUUAUUUCUGUUUGAUUAGAAAGCUAAAAAAGCAUGUUAGAUGGCAGACGACAGAUUUUCUCAGCUGACAAACAACAGAUAUUCGCAGGAGAGAAGCUGCGGCAUAGCUCAAACAGAAUGUCAAAGUUUGAGGAUCUUUAUUGAGGAAAAAGUUGGAUUGGCAUCUUGUAAUGAACUUGAUUCUGCAAGUAGUUGCUUAGGACAUGAAUCUCUUUGUCCGAUCCCAGAUCAGACAAUCACCACAUGCAAGCUCAUCAAAGUUCAUGCUGUUACUCAAUCUUCUCCAUCUACUAUACUCUCUUUCACUGAGAAUGUAUCUCAAACUUCACAUGUUUCACGUGUAAUUGAUUUGGACCAGCAGUCAUACAAUGAACCAGAGGCUUCUAGGGUGCUGCAGGAUGUGCAUAUAUCAGCUCGAUUAAUGGAGGAUUUUCUUGAACUAGCUAAGGACAACACAGAGAAGGAUCUGGAAACCUGUGGUGUUCUUGGUGCUUUUCUUGAAAAGGGGACAUUCUAUGUAACCACUCUGAUAAUACCUAAACAGGAAUCAACUUCAAAUUCUUGUCAGGCUGUAAAUGAGGAGGAAAUAUUUGCAAUACAAAAUGACCGGUCCCUUUUUCCUGUGGGAUGGAUACACACACACCCUUCUCAGAGUUGUUUCAUGUCAUCAAUAGAUCUCCAUACUCAAUACUCAUAUCAGGUAAUGGUUCCUGAGGCUUUUGCCAUUGUUGUGGCUCCUACAGAUAACUCAAGGAGUUAUGGAAUAUUCCGGGUAUCUGACCCCAGUGGGAUGAGUGUACUGAAAGAAUGCCAAGAGAAAGGAUCUCAAUUUCAUUCUCACAAAGAACCAGUAAGUGGCAGCCCCAUUUACGAACACUGCACUCAUGUCUACAAAAAUUCAAAUCUAAGGUUUGAGAUCUUUGACCUGCGCUAAAUUAUGUUAAUGUCCAUGAUAAAAUGGGUGCAACCUGCAUGCUACAUAACAGAAUUUGGCUGAUAAAAGAAGGCCGAUUAGAAACGGUGUUUCUUUUAAAUGUGUCUAUUACUGUAUUUAUAUCUGCAAUAAUGAUGAGGAUGCACCUGUAAUGUGUUAAUAAAUUACAUUUUCAUUUGUUA